AUGAUCAAGAACACUAUAAAAAGUUCUGUGCGUCCAUUGGCGAAGAUUCCAAUACGCUCCAUUUCAACUAGAUCAUUUUCAUCUAAAACUGAUGAAUCUCCAAAGACUACACAUUUUGGUUCAAAAACUGUUUUAGAAUCAGAAAAAGAGAAAUUGGUUGGUCAAGUCUUCUCAUCUGUUGCUUCUAAAUAUGAUGUUAUGAAUGAUGUUAUGAGUUUAGGUGUUCAUAGAUUAUGGAAAGAUCACUUUAUUAGAAAAUUGGAUGCAGGUGCUAGACCAGGUGGUAGACCUUUAGAUUUCAUUGAUGUUGCAGGUGGUAGUGGUGAUAUCGCAUUUGGUUUAUUGGAUCAUGCUAAAGCUCGUUUCAAUGAUGAUAAGUCUACAAUGACCGUUGUUGAUAUCAACCCUGAUAUGUUGGCUGAAGGUGAGAAAAGACUAUUGGAUACAAGGUAUAAAAAUGAUGAUAGAAUUAAAUUCUUGGUGCAGAAUGGUGAAGUUUUGGAUCAAAUAGAGAGUAACAGUAAAGAUGUUUACACUGUCUCUUUUGGGAUUAGAAAUUUUACAAAUAUUCAAGCAGGUUUGAAUACAGCAUACAGAGUUUUAAAACCAGGUGGUAUUAUUGGUAUUUUAGAAUUCUCAAAAGUUGAUAAUUCAGUUAUUGACCUAGCUUAUCAAAAUUGGUCAAAAUUCCUACCAGUUUUCGGUCAAGCAAUUGCAAAUGAUUAUGAUUCCUAUCAAUAUUUGGUUGAAUCUAUUCAAAAAUUCCCAAAACAAGAGGAUUUUAAAUCAAUGAUUCAACAGGCUGGUUUUUACGUUCCUGAACCUGGUUACGAAAACUUGACAUUUGGUGUCGCUGCGAUCCAUAUUGGUAUUAAAUUAUGA